AUGGUCCACCCGCCUCCCCGCAUUCGAGACGCCGACAGCGCGGCAAUCGAGCAGGCCGCCACCCUGCUGAAAGCCGGCGGCCUGGUCGCCUUUCCGACCGAGACCGUCUACGGCCUCGGGGCCGACGCCCGCGACGAUGCAGCGGUCGCGAGGAUCUUCGCCGCAAAGGGACGGCCGCGCUUCAACCCGCUGAUCGCCCACUAUCCGGACGCCGAGACCGCUGCCCAGGACGUCUUGUUCGACGCAGUGGCGGAGCGGCUGGCCGGCGUCUGCUGGCCCGGCCCCCUCACGCUGGUGCUGCCGCGCCGCCCGGACUGCCGGCUCUCGCUGCUCUGCUCGGCGGGUCUGGAGACCCAGGCCGUGCGCGUUCCGGAUCAGCCGAUCGCCCACAGUCUCCUGCAGGCCACCGAGCGGCCCCUGGCCGCGCCCAGCGCGAACCGCUCGGGCCGCAUCAGUCCGACCACGGCACAGGCCGUGGCCAGCGAACUGGGCGAGGCGGUGGAUCUGAUCCUGGACGGCGGGCCCUGCCGGAUCGGACUGGAAUCGACGGUUCUGGAUCUUUCAGGAGAGCGCCCGAGGCUUCUGCGCCCCGGGGGACUGGCGCUGGAGCGUGUGACAGAGCUGUUGGGCGCAGCGCCGGAACCGCCGGGUCCCGAGGAACCGGCCGACGGCGCGGCACGCGCGUCGCCCGGAUUGCUGGAAAGCCACUACGCGCCCGAGACGCCGAUCCGGCUCGACGCGCAGGAUGCGGCUCCCGACGAAGGCCUGCUGGCCUUCGGGCCCUCCGCCCCGGGCGGCGCGGGCGUGACUCUCAACCUCUCGCCGAGCGGCGAUCUGACGGAGGCGGCCGCCAACCUCUUCGCCUAUCUGCGGCGCCUCGACGGCGCCGGCCUGCGGGUCAUUGCCGUCAUGCCGAUCCCGGAUCGGGAUCUCGGCCGGGCCAUCCGCGACCGCCUGCGCCGGGCGGCGGCCCCCCGCCCGCCCCGACCGUAA